AUGACUGCGGACGCCAGAAGGAGCAGAGGGCUGGGCGGCGCACAGGCUGCGGUAGGAGGCGGGACCGCGCAUCUCGUUCAAUGGGUCCCGGCGCCUGCCGGAUUGGCUAAGCUCGCUUGCCGUCGGGGUGGGCGGAGCCAGUUGUGCGCCGGGCUUGGGGCCCGCCCAGCGGCAGCCGGACGUGCUUCAGACCCCGCGCUCUGGGCAGCGGCUGGGUGCGUGGUCCGGUUGCUGCGUGGAGUGAAGCUGCUGGGCUGCUGCUCUUCUUGCCGCUCCCUGGCUCAGGGCCGCUGGUCGACCCCCACCCUCCCCACUCCCCUUGGCCUCGAUGUUCUCACCUUACAGGUGGCUCUUGGCCGAAGCACGAGGUCCGCGCCCCGCUCCUCUUGGUUAUCCCGCUCCCCCCCCCCCCACCUGGUCUCUCUUCCUCCCGGUCCGCAGCGGUCUCCAGGGUUCUCCGACGGUCGGAGCUCUGGCGUCCCGACAUGCGGCGGGCCGCUGUGCUCCUGCUGCUCAUCAGGACCCGGCCCUUGGAGGGCGACGACCCGAAACCCAGCUGGAAAUUCCGCUUUGAUUUCUAACCUCUCCUCGUCUGAUGUUCCUGACGUCGUUCUGGACUUCUUCGAUUGCCGGCUUCUCUGCAGCCCCCACCCCGUGCCGGAGGCCCCGCUGCCAACAGCGUCCCCUCCCUCAGCGAUACUCAGCCCGGCGGCCGCCAUCUUCCCCGCGAUCUUCACUGCAGCCCGAUCCCGUGUGUGGCGCGUCCGUCCUGCCAUGUCUGCCACAGAGGAGCGAGGGCCGAUCCCAGAGAUCGAGGACCAGGAGGAGGAUGAGUACCAGUCAGAAGAGGGAGACGAAACUGAGGAAGAGGUCGAGGAGGAGGAAGAGACACAAGAGGAGGACGAGAAUGGGCACGAGGGCGCGGGAGUGGUCGCGGGCCACGGGCCCCCCAUGGCGCAGUUUCAGUCCCUGUUCCGGGAUCCGGUCCAUUGCCGUGUGCACCACAGCCACUACAACUACCGUGUCCUGGUCGGGCCCCACGCCGGCCGCGUGAUGGUCAGGCGCCGCUCCCGACGGCUCUCGGACCCUGCAGAGGAUGCCGCGCCUCCUCAGGAGCAGGAAGACCUGGGAGAGGCAGAACCUCCUGAGGGCAGAGAACUAGAUUCUGCUGCUGAUUUUAAAUCGGGAAAUGUUUCCCACCACCUUGUGAUGCCAAAGUCCGUAUCAUUCGACACUAAAGAAGAGAGUGCACAUCAGUAUGAAAAUGCUGAGGAAGAGAAAGAGGAUGGAAAGGAAAAAGCAGAAGAAGGACCCAAAGUGGGUACGGUCUCAGCAGAGGGCAGCUCUGGAGAAUACAGGUAUUAUUGUAUAGUGCAACCAUUCCUGACAUAUACCUGUUACUAACAGCUUUAUGUUUUGUUUU